AUGAUUAUGGAUAAUUCAAAAACUACCAGCAAAACCACGCUGCUCAAGCUGAUGCUGCUACGCGCAUGGAAAGAGCGUUGGACCGAUUGCCAGUGGGGUAUCAAUGUGAAAACGAUUCUAACGCGUGGCGUAAGUGGAGAUGUGUAUAACUUGGCCGAUGCUAUCGUCCAGCAAGCGGUGGUGGGCUCUGGAGCUAAUAUGCUGUUUCUCUCCUACCUGAAACAUUCGCUGUGCGCCCACCUGAUUUCGCAUGCAGCAGUGCUGAAUCGCAUUGCCAAGUAUGAUCAGUUCGACAAACAUCAUUGCCUUAUCGCUUUGCUCGACUUUCUCAAGUCGAUUAUCGAUGGCGUUACCUGUCGGGGUAAACAGGAAGAAUCAAUCCUUACCAAAGCGACCGUUUCGCUCGUCCACUGGUUGCUGCAGAUAUAUGAAUGCAUCCUAAAAUCGUACGCCGAGAGCCUUGCAUUGCAAACGGAAGAAGAAGAUGUUGUUCAACGUGUCGCUACAGUGCUCGAACGGAUUGUGGAAAAUCCGUUCCUGCUGGGUGUAAUUUCGAUAGGCAAGUGUGAAGAUCCGGAACAGUUCGUAACGCUUCAGAAAAGGUUUAACAGCGUUAACAACCUUACACUGACGACCGGUUACGUAGCGCACGUGAGCGGUAGCCAGAAAAGCGUAACCGUAACCGAUUACAUGCGCAAGCUCGUACUGCUUGAGGUAGACACGCUGGAGAUGAAACUGUUCGAUGGUGGAAAGGUGGAACCGAUCACUUUCAGCCUGCAGCCGUUCAUCGCCAUCGAGGUGCUGCUGAACCCGAUGUGCGAUACCAACCAGUACGUAGCGCAGCUGGUUAACUUGAAGCGCCUCAAGGGCUAUUCGUACGCGCGCUUGUUCUGCGAAAUCAUGCGCGGAUGUCUCAUCUCGCUAAACAAUGUCGAAGGUACGUCGAAGGAAUCGGUAAUGUGUGCGUUUGCGUUCAUCAAGGUACCGCACAUUCUGCAGCAGAUACACACGAAAACGAACGGUCAGGAGCAACAGGACGAAGCCACCAGCACGAACUACAGCGUGGAGGUGCUGGAAGCAUUCGAGUUGUUGAUGCAAGAUGGACCAGUGUUGGACUACAUGGACAUGAAGUGUUCGUGCAACAUUGUCGAGUGUCUGCUGAAGGAGAUGGUAAAGCACAAUCUGCUAACGGAAACACACGUGAAACAUUUCGUCGCCCUGCGCGAACCCGUGACGCUCGGGUUGCAUAAGCUCGAGGCGAACAAUGCGCAACUUACGCUGAUGCUGAAGUUUGUGUUUCGCGUCGAGUCGCCAUUGGUAGGGAUACUGAAAGCACUCAGCACGGAUCACAGCAAGGUGCAGGACGCACUGCUUGCAAUGCUGUGCCAAGUACUGACAGGAAAUAGUCUCGAUUUGGUGCUAUCCGUUGCAUCGGUAGAGGGCAAAUUCAAAGCCUUCAUCUCAGGCCUGUUAAAGUGUAACGAUUACGCGAAACAAGCUACAAGCGUAGAGAUUGGCAAGGCGAGCACCACCCGUGGAGCAUUGUUCGACGUCACGUUCAUGAUACUCGCCUCGAUUGCCCAGAGUUACGGAUCGGAUGUCAUCCUAGUCGAGGGAGGAAACAGUUUCUUCGAGAAGUGGGUGCGCGAUUAUAUGGUGGAAAGAAAGAAAUCUAAAUCCCCCAUGACGAUGGUAAAGCAAGCAGAUCCGAUGGUUCUGGAGGAACUUAUAAUGGCACUCAACAACACGGACGGUGGUGGACUGAAAGCGUCCAAUCUGCGCUGGGAAGACAUUUGCUACACCAUCCCAGCCCUUCUUCAUCAAGUACUGAUGGCAUGGGAAAACGAAACCCUCUCACCGGUAGAGAUCAAGAAAAUGCUCGAUGGGCUGAAGGCUCACUUCUGCUCUUUUGCUGUCUGUGCCUCGUCAUGGUUGUGCGCCUACAUGCAGAUGGUACGGCAGGACGAGCAGGUAAAACCAAUGAACAUGGUGCAGCAGCUUUGCAGUGCCCUAACGGGGCCACAGGCGGAAGAAUGGCAGCAGCAAGAUUACUGCAAAGAGCGGUUCAGUUUGAUGGGACAAAUCAUACGCAGGAUGCAGCAAGAGUUUCAACGAACACCGCAAAUCAAUCCGAAACUUCGAGCACUUUUCCCAAGCCAGCACAUGGUUUCCCAUCUGCCGCUGGAGGAGCAGUUUGAGGAAGCGUGGAAAGCGAUCGCCGAACGCGGUUGGUUACCGAUCGAGACGACGUUCCUGCUGGACACGUUGCUUCAAUCGUGCGGACCAUCCUGGCUGGUGGAGAAACUGAUCGCCAAGCUGUUUCUCUGCAAGUACAUUCGCGAUCUUAACAAAACGAUGGACAUCAUCUUUGCGAUAAUGCAUCUGGACAUUGAACGUUGCACGAUCGCACUGCUAUCGCAGCUGGUGCCGAUGAUGUUGCUUAACAAACAGCAAACGCCGGAGAUCGUUGAUCCACAGUCACGCGUGCUGGCGAAACUUUGCGUGUACUGCAUCAUCGUCACGAUGGAAGCAUCACUGACGGCGUCGAAAAAACGUACCCGUGGAACGGUCGGGUCCGAAAUGGAAGAUAUCGAUUCGCUGUGUACCAGCGCCAAGCUGCGUAAGAUCGAGCUGGACGGUUUGAGCGUCGGCUGUGAAGCAACCGGAGGCAAUGAGUUUGCACUCGAAAGUGCACUUGAUUCGGCGGCCUGUUGGGAUGUGACAUCGGUACCGAGCUUGAAGGAACCGUUGCAGGGCUGCCUGCAAACGCUUUUCCGCACCUUUACACAGUACAUCACCACGGACGAGCUGUCGCCGAAGGUAUACUUUGUCUUUCAGUUUCUGUCGCUGCUGGUCGAAAGUGGUCGGGAGCGGAUCAUGUGCGUGCUGAAACUGAUACCGAACGGGUUGGUGCAGAAUUUGCUGAAAAUUAAUGCCACCGAUGAGAUGACGGUUGGGCUAAUCUUAAGAUUGUACGAUCUCAACACACCGAGUGGCCGCCAGUUUGCAAUGUCCGAUAUAUGUCUAUUGCGCAACAUUCAAAUGCGAAAGGAGAGUAUAAAGCUGUAAAUCCGGACUUAAUUACAUUCAUCAUUGUAAUUAAAUUUAAUGUAUGUGUAAAUGUAAAAUAAAUCAGCAACGUUGCUUUGCAGGAGCAGAA